GUUAGACACAACAGGACUUUUAUUUUGGCGAUAUGACGUCAUAAGUCUGCGCCGUCAGCGCUCCUGCAUCUUUUGUGAUUCGGCUGAAGAAAGAAAAACUGAAGCAACUGAGAUUCAUGUGACACACUAAAGAUGUCGUCUAUUAAAGAGGAGAUUGAAGAAGUGAGGAUCGAAGAAGCAUUCAGACAUGAAGACACUGAAGAACAAACAGACCUGAUGGCACUGAAAGAAGAAAGUGAAGUUGAGUCAUUGAAUGAAAAGGAAAAAAAUCAGUAUGAGCAACAUCUUGAUUUCAUGACUGGAGAAAAAUCCACACAACCUGAAAUCACUUUGUCAGAAAAAGGAGAAGCUCAAAAAAUCAUAUCUAAUGAUUAUUUCAUCUGUUUAACUCAAAAACAAAACCUUAAAGCCCACAUGAAAACUCACACCAAAGAGAAGCGCUUCACCUGCCAACAGUGUGGAAAGUCUUUCUAUGGAAAAGGAAACCUGACAGACCACAUGAGAAUUCACACUGGAGAGAAACCUUUCACUUGCCAACAGUGUGGACAGAGUUUUACUCAAAAACAAAACCUUACUUCACACAUGAGAUCUCACAGCGGAGAGAGACCUUACACAUGCCAACAGUGUGGACAGGGUUUUACACGUAAAGAAACCCUUAAUUUCCACAUGAGAACUCACACUGGAGAAAGACCUUACACCUGCCAACAGUGUGGACAGAGUUUUGCUCGUAAAGAAACCCUUAAUUUCCACAUGAAAAUUCACACUGGAGAGAGACCUUUCACCUGCAAACUGUGUGGGACAAGCUUCUCAAGAAAAGAAAGUCUUAAGAUUCACAUGAGAGUUCACACUGGAGAGAAGCCUUUCAUAUGUGGUCAGUGUGGAAAGACUUUCCGAUAUAAAUUAAACCUUAAUCAGCACAUGAAUACUCAUUUAACAGACCACGUAAUAACUCACACUAGAGAGAAGCCUUACGUGUGCCAUCAUUGUGAAAAGACUUUUAUAACCAAAUCACACCUUGAGAUUCACAUAAGGGUUCACACUGGAGAGAAGCCUUUCACCUGCCCUCAGUGUGGAAAGAGUUUCAUACAUAAAGGAAACCUUGAGGUUCACAUGAGAAUUCACACUGGAGAGAAACCGUACACAUGUCCUCAUUGUGAGAAGAGUUUCACAUAUCAUAGAGACCUGAAACGUCAUUUGGAAACUCAUUCUUGAAAGCAAUUGUAGUGUUCUGUAUAUAGUAAGAGGUUUCAGAAAUCACUUGCAUAUUUACUCUGGACGAUGAGCAUUUCAUUUUGAUUUGUGUAAUAAAAAUCAUCAAACUUACA